AGGACGAAGCGGAGUCGCCGCUGCUACUACUGCCGCCGCCGCCGCCUGAAUUCCUCCCCGAGCCGCACGCCGUCUGAACUGGGCCGUAAGCGCUGCCCGAGUCGCCGUGGGUUGCUCUCAGGCUCUCUGCCCGUCCUCCGCCAUGGCCCCGUUACGCUUUGCCGCCAACCUGGACUGGCUCUUCCAAGAGCAGACGACGCUGCCCCAGCGCAUGGAGGCGGCUGCCCGGGCUGGCUUUCGAGCGGUUGAGCUGGGUUUCCCCUACGUCUGCGACGCUGAGGAUCUACAAGCCGCGGCAGAACGGGCCGGGCUGGAGGUGGUCCUGCUCAACACCCCGCCAGGAAACCAAGACAAAGGUGACAGGGGCUUAGGAGCAGUACCUGGCCGCCAACCUGAAUUCCGGGAGGCCCUGGCUUUGGCUGUGAAGUAUGCCAAAGCUUUGAAAUGUCCAAGGAUCCACAUUAUGGCUGGGCGACUUCCUGUGGGUGCUGAGCGGGAGGCAGUGUCCGCUGAGAUGGAAGCCACCUUCAUUGAGAACCUCAGAUAUGCUGCUGACAUCCUGGUUCAGGAAAAUCUGCUUGGGUUACUGGAGCCUAUUAAUAGCCGGAUUAGUGAUCCCCGCUACUUUUUGACCACCUCACAGCAAGCUGUGGCCAUUCUGAAGAAGGUGGGGAGCCCCAACCUGAAGCUGCAACUGGAUGUUUUCCACUGCCAGAUCAUGAAUGGUGACCUGACUCAGAACUUGGAGACCUAUUUCCCAAUCAUUGGACACAUUCAGAUUGCCCAGGUACCAGCACGGCAUGAGCCUGAUAGUCCUGGAGAACUGAGCUACCCAUACCUGUUUGACCUGCUGGACUCAAUGGGCUACAGUGGCUAUGUCGGAUGUGAAUAUACACCAAAAGGAGACACGUUGGAGGGGCUGAGCUGGCUGCACUCAUACUGCCAGAAUCAUGGUUUGCUGCGUGGCGGAAGCUGAAGGGUUAAACUCAGCAGCAGAAAAAAUGGAAGAAAGAGCACCAGAGGUGGACUGAGCGACAGUGCCCAUCGCUACAUGACAACAGAGAGAAAAGCCAGGUUGGAAAGGCCACACUUUGGGCACCAGCUCAGCCAACUAAAAUAUCCCUUUGUUACGUCUCUCUUUGGGCACAACAGUCCACAGCAGGAUGCUGUCUCCUAAUAAAAGUGACAUGACUAGUAUGUUUCCUGUUACUCCCCUCAAGCCCCAGAAUGGCUAAGGCUCCACUCCGGUGUCACUUUGUGUUCCUGGACAAAUAGCAUUCUGGCCCACAAUUCUCCCUUUGAGACAUGCACCCUACCUUGCUGUUCUUUGGAAUCCAAUUUGUCUGCACACCCUCCUUCUCACUGCAAUUAUAAGGGCUGACAAAUGAAGGAGUGAAAGAUUCGGUUUCCACCCAUGGAUCACAUUAAACAAUGAUGCUCACGGGAGGGAGAAGGCAUGUCAAAGAAUGGGGAGGAAUUUGGUGCAAAGGGAGGAAGGAAAGCCCAGUCUCUCCAGAUCUAGCGCUAUAGUACCACUUAGUGGCCCCAGCUGAGAUUGCUGUGAUUUAAGGGAUAUCGUCUUCCUACUUUUUAUCUGCAUUCUCCUUGCACAGCACACUGCCGCUUAAACUAUUUCUAUUCGCACACACACAUGCCCCAAAGUACCACCUAGGAUCUACUGCUCCAUUCUUCAAGGCCUUAUGCUGCAGCAUAAAUCCUGGGCAGAUAUAAAUGACAUAAUUCACUUGAGCCUGAACCAACUGCCUUAGAAAAUAAAUUAGUUCUCUUACAAGCCCAGGAUAAGAUUCUGGCCGUGGUCCCAACCAUCAUGGCAGAGAUGCUGUUUUGGCAAGAUGGUGGGAACUUACUCUGCUUCUCUCCAGGGACAAUUGCAAUAGCUUGUGUGAGAAUCAGUGACAUUGU